CUUUUCAGCUGCUUCUCCCUGAAAACCAUCUUCUUUCUAAUUGUUUUUAUUUAGCCCACCUGGUGCAUAACUCCUUGUUAUUUAUUCCUCCCACCCCUCCCUGCUCCCAAAACUCUUGCGAAGGGGCUCGUCGCUUUCCUCGCACGGCUUGUUUCCCGUUCCAUCACUUCGCUCUGCCCAUGCCCCGCUCCGGUAGCCGGGCUCUCUCUCCCCGGCGGAGCCCCGGGGCCCGUCCCGCUGUCCCCGCGGGCAGGGAGGGUCCCCGGGCGGCGGGGCGGAAGGGGGGGCCGGCGCUGAGCUGAGGGAGGGGCCGGGACGCCGGCGCGUCGGUGCCGACGGUCUCCAGGAGGGAGUGAGGAGGAGGAGGAAGAGGAGGAGGAGGAGCUCUGUUGAGAUUGAAGAAUGCUACUACACUCAAGAAAAUCAGACUUUGAAAUCUGUCCACUGGACUGAAGCAGAUAGGAUGGGUUGGAAGAAAUACUGCUCACCACUGAGAUCCAUGGCCAAGAUUCCCAAGCUGCUUUGGUGAAGACCUCUGAAGCAGCACCACCUGGUAUUUUACUGCUGCCAGUUUUGAAUGCAGGUUUCAGACAGUUAGGAAGUACUUGGAAAAUGAGUGUCCUUCUCAUUGAACCCUUUUAUGGUGGCUCCCACAAACAGCUGAUGGAUCUUCUCCAGGAAGAGCUGCAAGAAGAUUGUGUCCUCUGCACACUCCCAGCCAAGAAGUGGCAUUGGAAGGCACGGACUUCUGCUCUUUAUUUCAUGCAAACAGUGCCAACAAGUUCUAAUUACAGGAUCCUCUUUGCAAGCUCGGUGCUUAACCUGGCUGAACUCGCCGCCCUCCGCCCUGACCUUGGCAAAUUGAAAAAGGUCCUCUACUUCCAUGAGAACCAAUUGGCAUAUCCUGUCCAGAAAUGCCAGGAAAGGGAUUUUCAGUAUGGAUACAACCAAAUUCUUUCAUGUUUGGUUGCUGAUGUUGUGGUGUUCAACUCUGCUUUUAAUAUGGAAUCCUUCCUUAAAUCCAUUGGAAAAUUUAUGAAGCUGAUUCCUGACCACAGACCUAAGGAUUUGGAAAAAAUAAUCAGACCGAAGUGCCAAGUUCUUUAUUUUCCAGUCAGGUUUCCUGAUGUGAGCAGGUUCAUGCCAGAACAUAAACUUGCCCGUUUGGAAAAGGUAAUUGGUGUUAAAAGGAAUGGAGAUGCUUAUCAGUCGGCGGGGCUGCCUGGCCAGCAGGAGAGCAGGGCUGUAAUGAAAACCAGUGAUGCACAUCCUGAGUCUGGUCUUUGUGAGCCCCAGCCUGGACUCUGCACCACACAGCACGAGGGGCUGCCCUGCCCACCAGCAGUCCCAGUCCAGGCUGAAGCACCAGAAAGUACAAAUCCUUGUCAAGGGGAAGAUAAGCAAUGUCUGACUUUUAACCUCUCUAAUAUCUUGAGUGGACUGGACUAUCAGCAAAGACCUCUGCACAUUGCCUGGCCUCACAGGUGGGAACAUGACAAAGAUCCUGAAACUUUCUUUAAAGUCCUGAUGAAGCUGAAAGAGAAAGAUCUGCCUUUCCAUGUGUCCAUCCUCGGAGAGACUUUCAGUGAAAUUCCAGAUAUCUUUUCAGAGGCCAGGGAGGUGUUGGGAUCGUCCGUCUUGCACUGGGGGUACUUGCCCAGCAAGGAUGACUAUUUCCGAGCUCUGUGCAUGGCCGAUGUUGUCAUCUCCACAGCCAAACACGAAUUCUUUGGCGUGGCAAUGAUCGAGGCUGUGCAUUGUGGCUGUUACCCACUGUGUCCCAAAGCCUUGGUGUACCCAGAGAUAUUCCCAGCUGAAUAUCUGUAUUCUACACCUGAACAGCUUUUUAAAAGGCUUCAGAAUUUCUGCAAGAGACCAGAUAUUGUAAGGAGACAUCUCUAUAAGGGCGAGACGGCCGGGUUUUCUUGGGCAGCGCUCGGCAGUAAAUUCAGGUCUCUGCUCGCAGCAGAACCGAGGGAAGAUUUGUGACAGAUGGGGCUAAGUCACAAACUUGCAGCCUCAGGCAGAAUUGUGGAAGUUUCCAGAGUGUGCCCAUAUUUACCUGAUCAGAGAGAAAAGAAAAUCUGCAGAGGAAGCCGAGCCUGGCUGCUUGUCAUAGCUGACACAGAGCCAUCUGCCACAAACCUGUGGCGGCUUCAGAUCUCCAAUCCCUGCCACCACCCCAGCUCAAAUUAAAUACAGAUUCUUAGAGACGUUAUGAUGGUUACACAUGUCCUCGGCAUCACAUGCAGGAGACUGUUCAAAAAAAAUAUGUGGCCUGUUGUGUAACCGCACUCAUGUAUCCCAUAUGUGGUGCCACAUUGAAUUUCCGGUUGAAUCUGUUUUUAUCCUUUGUACUGGAUGACAUGGUGCCUGAAUUCUUUCUUUUCGCCGACACGAUGGCAGCCAAGCUGCAGCUUCAAACGCUCACACUUGGCUGAGUUUCUACCUAGGUUGCCAGGUUAUCAUUGGAGCCUUAUUGUGUCCUCAAAGGGCCACAGGGCCUGAAAGGAGGAUCCGAAUGCUGCCGGACUAAUUGGGCAGCCAUCUCUGGGUUGUUGGGAGGCAAAGGGCUGCUUAAGCACUCCUCUCUCUUUCUCUCUCUCUCUUCUUUUUUUUUUUUUUUUUUUUUUUUUUUUUUUUUUUUUAUUUUUUUUAUUGCAAAUUAAUGACUCUCUGGCAAAGGGGUUUUUAAGUGAAGGUAUUAAUAAGGGGUCUGGCAGGUAAUCCCCUGAUUCGUGGAGUUACAUUUGCAUUUAAUUAAUCUUAAAGAAAGCUGAAAGAUAAACAGCUGUAAUUCAAACUAGCAUGGGAAAUAUGCUACAUGGUGCCAUCUAUCCGAUAAAAUGAAAGCCGAGACACUUGUUUUAUUUCUCUCAAGGAUGGAGAACAAACAGAUAACAAUCAAAAUACUUCCAAUAAAAACCAGUAGUUUAAAUGUAAUGGCAGUUCAUCAAGAAUCUUUGCAUCCAGUUGCAAAUACAGUCUUUUAAAGAUAAAUCACUUAUGAUUCCAGCAGUCAAGCCGCAAUAUUUGUUGAUGUAAAAUGUUUUGAAGAUGUAGAUUGUACAAUAAAUUUUUAAUAAAGUGCCCACUGCAAUUUUUAAUUA